AUUUGGACCCAGUGUUCCUUCUGUGAUGCCCAUAUGGUUUCUAGAACACAAGGGACUCCUCUUCUGCCACCAAUGCCCCAGAAUUUUUAUAAGGACUAAAUUGUGGGCAGAUUUACCCACUGGAAAUAAGUGGUGACACACAGCUUACCCAGCUCUGUAAGAAUUUUUCUGGCUUGCAGGUGAAUGUCAUUCCUACAGAACUAGCAGGAGUGAGACAUGUUUACAGCGUUGUAGAACAGAGGACACAGUGGCAUUUCCUUUUCCUGUCUCCGUCUGACCCAGGAACACAGUGACAAAGACAUUUCUUUCCUCCCAGGACAAACUCCAGAAGGAAAAGACAGAAGUCAUUGCGUUCCAGUUCUGCUCAGUGCUAUUUCCUUAAUGAAUUUUGGAACUGGCCAGGGUAGUGUUUCCUAAAAACAACAACAACAACAAAAAAACCCGCAAAGACAUCCAUUCUCUCCCAAGUUGGGCAUCUCAUUUUCCCUUCCUAAUCCAUAACCACAAUCUCUUUCAAUAAUGUUCUUGGCUUUUGUCUUGACCUCUGCUUUUAUGAAAAGCCAUUCUCUGCCCAGCAUCUCAGAAGAGCCCCCCAAGAGCCCACCUCUCUCUCUCCCACCACCACCCCCAUGCCCAUUUUCUGCCAGUCAUGUAGGAGGGGCAGCCCAGGGCCUCUACGCAGCAAAGGUAGCGACGCGGGCCGAGGGCCCUUUAAGAACAGGCCACGCCCCCUUCCCGCCUCCCGGCGCGACCCGGCGGACGGUGGCGGCCGCUACGGUGCUGACAAGAUGGCGGCUGGCGGGGCUGUUGCUGCGGCGCCGGAGUGCCGGCUUCUGCCCUACGCGCUGCACAAGUGGAGCUCCUUCUCCUCCACCUACCUUCCCGAGUGAAAACAUUUUAGUGGAUAAACCAAAUGACCAAUCUUCAAGAUGGUCUUCAGAGAGCAACUAUCCUCCCCAGUACUUGAUUCUGAAGCUUGAAAGGCCUGCUAUCGUUCAGAAUAUCACAUUUGGAAAAUAUGAGAAAACACAUGUCUGUAAUUUGAAGAAAUUUAAAGUCUUUGGUGGAAUGAAUGAAGAAAAUAUGACUGAACUAUUGUCUAGUGGCUUAAAAAAUGAUUAUAACAAAGAAACAUUCACCUUAAAACAUAAAAUUGAUGAACAGAUGUUCCCUUGUCGAUUCAUUAAAAUAGUGCCGCUUUUGUCCUGGGGACCCAGCUUUAACUUUAGCAUCUGGUAUGUUGAAUUGAGUGGCAUUGAUGAUCCUGAUGUAGUACAACCCUGUCUCAACUGGUAUAGCAAGUACCGUGAACAGGAAGCCAUUCGCCUUUGCCUAAAACAUUUCAGGCAACACAACUACACAGAGGCUUUUGAGUCCCUGCAAAAGAAAACCAAGAUUGCACUGGAACAUCCUAUGUUGACAGAUAUGCAUGACAAACUGGUAUUGAAGGGUGACUUUGAUGCUUGUGAAGAGUUGAUUGAAAAAGCUGUGAAUGAUGGCUUGUUCAAUCAGUAUAUCAGUCAACAAGAAUAUAAGCCACGAUGGAGUCAAAUCAUUCCCAAAAGUACCAAAGGUGAUGGAGAAGAUAACCGACCAGGAAUGAGAGGCGGCCAUCAGAUGGUUAUUGAUGUUCAAACAGAGACUGUUUAUUUGUUUGGUGGCUGGGAUGGAACACAAGAUCUAGCUGACUUCUGGGCAUACAGUGUGAAGGAGAACCAGUGGACAUGUAUCUCUAGAGAUACUGAGAAAGAGAAUGGUCCUAGUGCCAGAUCAUGUCAUAAAAUGUGCAUUGACAUUCAACGGAGGCAAAUUUACACAUUGGGACGUUAUUUGGAUUCCUCUGUGAGGAAUAGCAAAUCUUUGAAAAGUGACUUCUAUCGUUAUGACAUUGACACAAACACAUGGAUGCUACUAAGUGAAGAUACUGCUGCUGAUGGUGGGCCAAAAUUGGUGUUUGAUCAUCAGAUGUGUAUGGACUCAGAAAAACACAUGAUCUAUACCUUUGGUGGCAGAAUUUUGACAUGUAAUGGCAGCGUAGAUGAUAGCAGAGCCAGUGAACCACAAUUCAGUGGGCUGUUUGCUUUCAACUGUCAGUGUCAGACCUGGAAACUUCUUCGAGAGGAUUCUUGUAAUGCGGGACCAGAGGACAUCCAGUCUCGGAUAGGACACUGCAUGCUAUUCCACUCAAAAAAUCGUUGCCUUUAUGUGUUUGGUGGCCAGCGAUCAAAGACCUAUUUGAAUGAUUUCUUUAGUUAUGAUGUGGACUCUGAUCAUGUAGACAUAAUAUCAGAUGGCACCAAGAAAGACUCUGGGAUGGUUCCAAUGACAGGAUUCACACAGAGAGCAACUAUUGAUCCAGAACUGAAUGAAAUACAUGUCUUGUCUGGGCUCAGCAAAGACAAAGAAAAGAGGGAAGAGAAUGUCAGAAAUUCAUUCUGGAUUUAUGACAUUGUGAGGAAUAGUUGGUCUUGUGUAUAUAAGAAUGAUCAAGCUGCAAAGGAUAAUCCAAGUAAAAGUCUACAGGAGGAAGAACCAUGUCCAAGAUUUGCCCAUCAACUUGUUUAUGAUGAGUUACACAAGGUUCAUUAUUUAUUUGGUGGGAAUCCAGGAAAAUCUUGCUCUCCCAAGAUGAGACUAGAUGACUUCUGGUCACUGAAGUUAUGUAGACCAUCAAAAGAUUAUUUACUGAGGCACUGCAAGUACCUCAUAAGAAAACACAGGUUUGAAGAAAAGGCCCAGAUGGAUCCCCUUAGUGCUCUGAAAUACUUGCAAAAUGAUCUUUAUAUAACUGUGGAUCAUUCAGACCCAGAAGAGACAAAAGAGUUUCAGCUCCUUGCUUCCGCUCUAUUCAAAUCUGGUUCAGAUUUUACAGCUCUAGGCUUUUCAGAUGUGGAUCACACCUAUGCUCAAAGAACUCAGCUCUUUGACACCUUAGUAAAUUUCUUUCCUGACAGCAUGACUCCUCCUAAAGGCAACCUGGUAGACCUCAUCACACUGUAACCAUCGCUGGGCACAGAAGUGGAGAACAGGAGUCUGCUUUUGGUGGUGUGGAUUGCAGCUCUGUUCAUGGACAUCAAGUUGCAGUGAUUGAGGACUGCAUCAGUUUUGAAGGGAUCCUUACCAUCACAAGUUUCAACCCUCUUUCUUCAUACCUGACCUCAGCCCCGUUCUCCUCUUAUUCCUAAAUUAGGCUAAUAAAGUGAAGUUGGUAUACUUUCCAUUUAA